AUGGAUCUUCUCUGGAUCAUUUUUAAUCAAAAUCCUCAGCUGGCAUAUCAGUUAUUCACUAUUCCCUUCGCUGUGAUAUUCUACAGCUUGACUACACGAGGAUAUCUCACUUUGAUUAACAGGUAUAUGUUUCUGAUGCUGGGAGGGUCCUUCCUUGCUGUUCUAACAAUGGGUCCAUAUAGUAUAUUACUGUUCAUCACUGCUACCAAGUUCAUGCUGCUGGUGCACUUUGUGGAACCACUUCAUGUUCAUCAGUGGAUUCUUGGACUGCAGAUGUGCUGGCAAACGUUUUGGCACUUCUAUAUGCAAUAUCAGCAGUACUGGCUCCAGGAACCUGCCGAUUCCAGGCUUUUGUUGGCAAUGUCUGCUCUAAUGCUUCUCAGUCAGAGAGUCACCUCUGUGUCGAUGGACCUCCAGGAGGGAAAAGUUGCCAAGCCCUUCAAAAGAAGCUACCAGAGUCAAGCCAUUUCUCUCAUUCCUUUUCUUAGCUACACUCUCUACUUCCCUGCUCUCCUUGGAGGACCACUUUGCCCCUUUACCACUUAUGUGACCUUCGUAGAGCAGAUUAGCAUCAGACCACCACCUUCUCCCCUUGCCAUUCUGCCCUGGAAGAUAUUGCGAGUGUUGGUCCUGCUAGUCCUCAAAUAUCUCCUCUCAAGCUUUCUACAGUUAAGCAUAUUCAGGUUGAGCAGUCCUCAUGAUUCUCCAGGUAUAUUAUGGAUCUGGAUCCUCUCUCUGGUCCUCAGACUGAACUAUUAUGCCCAUUGGAAAAUGAGCGAAUGUCUCAAUAAUGCAGCUGGAUUAGGUUUUAGUGGGUGUGGUCCAAACGGAGGUGCCCUGUGGGAUGGACUUUGUGAUGGGGAUCCGUGGAAGAUCGAGACGUCAACACGUAUUUCUGCAUUUGCACGCCACUGGAACGGCACAACAACUGCCUGGCUACGCAGACUAGUGUUCCAGAGGUGCAGCACGGCUCCACUGUUUAUGACGUUCGGGUUCUCAGCCUGGUGGCAUGGCUUGUACCCAGGUCAGGUCAUAGGUUUCCUUGGAUGGGCCGCAGCUGUGUUAGGAGACUACAAGCUCCAUACGUACUUUCAACCAAGGCUCACUGUGCUUUGGAAGAAAAGGCUGUACACUUUGUUAAGCUGGGCCUACACUCAGACUGUCAUCGCUUGUGUUGUGCUCGCCAUUGAACUUCAGAGUUCUGAUGCAAUGGUGUUGCUUUGUACAACACACAUUGUUGUGGUCCCUUUUGUAAGUGUUGUUAUACUUUUUAUUUUUUAACACCAGAGAGCAUAAACCUCAUGAUAUUCAAUUACAGUUCAAUGUAACUUGUAUGAGCAAAAUUAACCACUGACAGCUGUAAUUUUACUUGAAGAUGAAGAUUUAACAGCUCCAUUUAGCACAGUGUGCAUAAUUAGCCUGUAUGGAGCCCCACUGGUGACCAUAAAUAAAAAUAAUGUACGACCACCACAUAUUAACGCAAGGGAAUGAGAUCCUACUGCAUGGCCACGACUUAGUAAGGCGACUUAGGCCAUGCAUUAGGAUCUUGUUUCCACACCUUACAAAGUCGAGGCCAUGACUGAAUUAUCAUGUUCCCAUGCCUUACUAAGUCGUGGCCACACAUUAUUUUUAUUUAUACAGGUG